AUGGCCACCGGUAUUGAAGUCGAAAACGUCCCCGUCUCCCACGCCCCCCGCACGAUCCUCAUCGCCGUCGAUGACUCUGAGCACGGCGUCCGCGCCCUCGAGCAUGCCUUCACUCAUGUCCUCAACGACGGCGACGAGGUCGUUGUCGUCACCGUUUUGAAGGCCGCCGCCGCCAUCUCGUACUCGGGCGUCACCGGAACCCCCUCCGGUCUGGAUGCCUCUGACUACGAGAACCAGAAGCUUCUGCAAAACACCAUCCGCGAAGUUGUCGAGAAGGUUGCUGCCAAGUAUACCAAGCGCGUCCACGUCAAGGUCGAGUCGUUCAUUGGCGAUCCUCGACAGAUCAUUGUCCUCCGCGCCGACGAAGUCAAGGCCAGCCUCAUCGUUGUCGGCAGCCACGGCCGAUCUGGCCUGAAGAGCCUCCUGCUUGGCAGUGUCUCUGCCUACGUCGUCCAGCACGCCCACACCCCUGUCCUGGUCGUCCGCCCCAUUGCCUAA